AUGGCGGUCGCCUCCGACAGCGGCCGGCCGCCGCACCGAGGCGGCGCCGCUCGGUCGUCGACCGGCUCCACGGUCGCACUCGACGAAGAGACACACGGCGAGUGCCACUCGGAGAGCGCGCUCGAUGCUGGCUGGGACACGCCGCUCUUGACGGCCGAGAACAUUGGCAGGGCGUUCUCGUCCGUCUCGCGAGCGGGCAGCGCGUCGCAGCUGCGCGCCGUGAGCAGCGAGGUCUCAGACUCGCUCUCGCGCAUGAAGAUGCGCAAGCAAGAGAUCGAGAUGGCGUCUCUCGUGCACAAGGUCCAGUCGCAGCUCCGCACGAUGGAGGACAAGCAGAUGAACGAGACGAGCCGCAUCCUCGCCGAGCGCGACCAGCUGCAAAUGGAGCUCCGGCGCGCGUCCCAGAAAAGCGCCGCGCCUCUCUCGAACGACAUGACGCACCUCCGCAGCUCGCUCCAGUCGUUCAUGCAGCAGACGGAGCAGACGCAGUUCCUCAUGAUGGAGCAGCUCAAGAGCAUCGAGGUGAGCAAAGGGUCGCCGCAGCGCCGCCACUCGGUCGACGCCCAAAAGAUUGAAACCUCGGUCAAGGCCGCCAUGUCCGAGUUUGCCGCGCUGCAGCAAAACAUGAUGCAAGCGCUGGCGCCGCCGACCCAGCCGACGUCGCCCGUCCAGCCCAAGCAGCCUGAGAAGCCCGUCGAGAAGCCCGUCGAGAAGCCGCGGUCGCUUCCGCCCGUAAAGGCCGCAUCGUCGGCGUGGAAGACUGCGUUUUUUGCGAUGAUUGGCAUCUGGCUCGUCACGCUCGGUGUUGGCGCCGCCCAGCACUUCUAUGGCCUCGACCUCUACUCGUUUGUCGCUCGAGAGACGCGCGAGAUGCAUGUUCUGGUCGAGACGAUCCAGGAAAUCGACACGAUCCAGGAAAUCGAGACGAUCCAGGAAAUCGAGGCGAUCCAGGAAAUCGAGGCGAUCCAGGAAACCGAGACGAAAGUGCCCGAGACCACCACAAUGGUCAUUGUCGACGACGUGGUCACGGUCCACGUCAACACGGAUGGCGCCGUCGACGCGCCCGUUCCGGAAUUUGCUGCUUCGGUCAACGCCACAGCUUCGACCGGUCACGACGUCAAGGUCGAAGCACCGACAGACGCGGGCGUUGUUGCUGCCACGAGCGGUGUCAACGACACACUCGGCGACGUUCAUAAAGACAGUGACGGCAACGACGACGCAGCUACGUCAACCCAAGUCGACGCACCCGUCGUCGAUGUCAAGGAACAAGUUGUCACAGCGUCCGACGACGUCGUCGUUGAAGCCAAGGAAGUUGUCGUCGAAGGGGAACAACGUGAUGCGGACAUCAAGGAAGACACGGUUGUCGACAUCAAGGGAGACACGGUCGACGAGGUCAAGGGAGACACGGUCGACGAGGUCAAGGACGGUGUUGUCCAUGAGGUCAAGGACAGUGUUGUCCAUGAGGUCAAGCAAGACACGGUCGACGAGGUCAAGCAAGCCGUUGUCGACGUGGCGAUGCUGGACGAUGAAGCGAUCGAGCUUGGCGUGAAAGAAGACACAUCCGAAUCCAAGUCGGUUGAAGCCGAUGAGGUUGUGCGCGUGGAUGCGCGUGACGACGUCAAUGCGACUGCGACCGCCGAGCCCGCGGCAAACGCCUCGGAGCUCGUUCAAGUCGUCGACGUGGUGGCAGCCGUCGUUGAGGUGGUCACGGACGUCUCGAGCGAGAUUGUGGAUGCCCAUGUCGCGGUCAUCGACGCUUCGAAUGCGUCCAUCGCCAUCGUCGAGGCUGAAUCCCAGAGCAACGAGACCGCCAUCGUCGACGCCGCCGAGGACGAAGACGUGGUUGAUGCAGCCGACGAGUCGACUCCCGUCGUUCCAGUUGUUGAUGUCAUCGCUACGCCGGUUGAUUCCAAGUCCGAGAUCGACGACAGCGCACCCGAACCCAACAACACGACUCUGCUCACCGACGACGACCAAGCCACGGACGAGGCGCUUGAAGCCUUAUCCGAAGCAUUGGAUGCGUCCAAGGAAGCACCAGAAGCCGCCAAGGACGAA